AUGGCAACAUCUGAAGAAUUAAAACAAUUGAGAUGCGAUUGUACUUAUCGUUCGAAAUUGGCUGAGCAAGCCGAAAGAUAUGAUGAAAUGGCAGAUGCUAUGAGAACUUUAGUUGAGCAAUGCGUGAACAAUGACAAAGAUGAAUUGACCGUCGAAGAAAGGAAUUUAUUGUCCGUUGCUUAUAAGAAUGCUGUAGGUGCUCGUCGAGCCUCAUGGAGAAUAAUUUCUAGUGUAGAACAAAAAGAGAUGAGCAAAGCUAAUGUUCAUAAUAAGAAUGUUGCUGCUACUUAUAGAAAGAAAGUUGAAGAAGAAUUAAAUAAUAUUUGUCAAGAUAUUUUAAAUCUUCUUACGAAAAAGUUAAUUCCAAAUACUUCAGAAAGUGAAAGUAAAGUUUUUUAUUACAAGAUGAAAGGUGAUUAUUACCGUUACAUUAGUGAAUUUUCUUGUGAUGAAGGAAAGAAAGAAGCAUCCAAUUGUGCUCAAGAAGCUUAUCAAAAAGCUACGGAUAUUGCAGAAAAUGAACUUCCUUCCACACACCCAAUACGUUUAGGUUUAGCAUUGAACUAUUCUGUUUUCUUUUAUGAAAUAUUAAACCAACCACACCAAGCAUGUGAAAUGGCAAAAAGAGCUUUCGAUGAUGCCAUUACAGAAUUUGACAAUGUUAGCGAAGACUCUUAUAAAGAUUCCACUUUAAUUAUGCAACUCUUAAGAGAUAACUUGACCUUAUGGACAUCUGACUUACAAGGAGAUCAGACCGAAGAAAAAUCAAAAGACGAAGGUUUAGAAUGA